CCAGCGGCGGAGCUGCCAAUUUUAGUCGUUGUGAGCCACUCGUGCGCGCUGGACGUGUUUGAAUUUGAUUGCUAACCCGCGUUUCCCUCCCCCACGAAUCGAAGUUGUUAGAUCAUAGCCUUAGCUAUAUGUAUGGAAAGUAAAGUGAAGUGCGACAGUGCGAGAGUGCAGUGAGAAGAGCGUCAAUACGAUGGACGUCAAAGACAUAAAGGGCGCCAAGGUGACGCAUGCGGGUCUUCUGAAGCACAACACCGAUGGCAGCACCGAGACGCAGAAGAUCACCCACGCGGGCCUGGUGGCCCGCAGCCCCGAGGGCACCGCCGCCAAGGGCAUGAACAUACGCGGCAACGAGGAUCUCUGGGUGGAGAUCCAGGCGAACACCUUCCGCAACUGGGUCAACGAGCAUUUGCGCGAGACGGGAAUGCAGGUCCAUGACUGGGCAACGGACUUCUGCGAUGGCACCUGUCUGUGCGCCCUCGUGGAGGGCCUGCAGACGCGUCCGCUGAAGCCCUCCUGGAACCGGCGGCCAGCCAACCAACAUCACUAUCUGGAGAACGCCACCACGGCCCUGAAAUCCAUCGAGGCGGACCACAUCAAGCUGGUGAACAUCGGCAAUGUGGACAUCAUCAACGGGAAUGUUAAGCUGAUUCUCGGCCUAAUCUGGUCGCUGAUCGUCCGCUACCAGAUCGGACGCAGCAAGUUCCCGCCCCGCAAGCUGAUGCUGGCCUGGCUCCAAGCAGCACUUCCAGACUGCAAGAUCACCAACCUGACCACCGACUGGAACAGCGGCGUCAAUCUGGCGGCACUGCUGGACUACUGCCAGCCGGACCUGUUCCCGCACUGGCGCAGCCUCGAUCCUAGUCAGAGUGUGCGCAACUGUACCAACGCCAUGAACCUGGCGCAGCGCGAGUUCGGAGUGCCCAAGGUCCUGGAACCGGAAUACCUGGCCUCGCCAUGGCUGGACGAGUUGUCGGGCAUGACGUACCUCUCGUACUUCAUGAAGCCCGGCGGUCCUGGCUACAAUGCCACCAUGCGAUGGGUGAACACGCAGGUCAAAGAUCCUGUGAAGAAUUUUACUACCGAUUGGAAUGAUGGACGUGUCAUGUGCGAAAUCAUUAAGGGACUGGGCGGCUCGGCGCCAGCGCCGGAAAAGCUCAGCACAGAUCCCUUCCACUACGAGAACAACAUACGGAAGGCGGUGGAUGCUGGGGCCAAACUGGGCGUACAGCCCAUACUCACAGCCAAGGACAUGGCCACCCCGGAAGUGGAGCAUCUGGGCAUCAUGGCCUACGCGGCCAAUCUGCAGUGGGUGCCCCCACGUCCGCCGUUGUCCGACCUGGUCAACGUUUAUUUGGAGAGUACUUCCGGACGGGUGGGCGAGCCGACGCAUUUCCGCAUCGAUGUAAUGUCGCGGGACAUCAGCCUGAGCUCGGUGCGCUGCCAUGUGGUGCCGCCUUCCGGCCAGCCCGGUCAGACGGUGCGCCCGAAUGCCCAUGGCGAAGGAGUCUACGUGCCGGAACGGUACGGCAUGCACGAAAUCGUGGUGGAGAUUGGCGAGGACAGCCUGGGGGGCCACUUCUUCCGCGUCCUGCCCCGCCAGCUGCAGGUGGCCCCGCCCGGCAUGGCCCCCUGUGCCCUGGGCAGCCUCGUCGAAGUGCUGGUCAAUGCCACGGGAGCGCCCAAAACGGAGGACAUCCUCGUUACAGCCGUCUCCCCCACGGGCAUCUCCCACAACUGUCCGCUGAAGAAGAUCGACGAGGGACACAGUGCCAUAUUUAAGCCGGAUGAGGCUGGCAUCUGGGAGAUAGCCAUCACCUACCAGGGCAGGCACAUCCAGGGCGGACCCUUCACCUGCGCGGUGUUCGAUGCCUCCGGCGUUUCCGUUCACGGCCUCGAUGGAGCCAUGCCCCUGCGUGCCCACACCUUCGAGGUGGAUGCCCGCGGCGUGGGCGUCUCCGGCGAACUGCACGUGGACAUUGUCCACGACAAGCAUUCGCUGGUGUGUUCCGUGGAGAAGAUCGUCGAGAACAAGUACCGAGUGACCUUUAUGCCGCGCCAGAAUGGCAAGUACCGCGUCUACAUCUACUUCAAUGGCUACGAUGUCAAGGGAUCGCCCUUCAUCAUGCGCGUGGGCACCAAGGGACGAUCGGGGAAGACGCGCAGCAGCCCGCUGCACGAGAGCAAGCACCGCUCGGAGAGUCCAUCGAUGCAUUUCAUCUCGACGACGAAUGCACGGCACAACGACUACCGCAACGCUUCCUUGUCGCGCCACAAUACGGCCGAGCGGACCAACAGCUACUCGCCGCAGUACUCGCCCAAGCUGGACACAACAGACUACCACAGCUCCAGCUCCAGGUACUAUAAGCGGGAGAGCGAGGAGAACCACACAUCCACACCUCCGCCCCCCCCGAUCAGCGGUUCACCGACGGUGAAGUACCUGAACUCAGCGGACCUCUACACGGAGAGCCCCACUGGCGGGCGUCGCGACUCGAAGACCUCCAACAGCAGCUCCAUCAAGAACGAUUACUACUACGACAAGGAGAACGAGCUGUACAGCCAGCGGCGCGGGGCGGCCAAGCCCAAGCUGACGCCUCCGCGUGAAGAGCGCGAGAGCCAGAGCAGCAGCAGCAACAGCUACCAGCAGCGACACCAGCAGCUGACCAGCACAAUGACCAGCUCGCUUAGCCCAAUACCUAGUCCCACACUAAAUACACGGUCCAGCGAGAUGCACACCCAAAGUCCGCUGACCAUCAAGACAUCGAAUCAGUUUGAGAGCUCCACGCGCAACCUCAGCGGCAGCCCCCGGCACGCCUCCGUUUCGCCUGUGCAGCGCUACUCUCCGAAUAGCGCCUACAUCACGACGGCCACACAUCGCAUGGGCAGUCCGGUGACCAGCACUUUGAACAAGAAUGGCUAUGAGACAACGCGAACCGUGGAGAAGUCCAGCUCCUCGACUUACAAGUCAUCCUCGAACUACGUCACGGACUCCAAUGUGCGGGCAAGUCCCUCGCUCUAUGGUACAGCGGAAAGACUACGUCGUACUGGCUCCCCGGAGCCGCGCAUCGAUCACUCCUCCAACGUGAGGGUGUCCUCCAUGAAGCCGGCAUCGGCCAGGCGCGACAGCUGGGACGUGAUCAACAAGACGAAGCACAUGCUCUCUCACAAUUCGCUCGAAUCGCUGGCGAACAUGACCGAGACGCAGCUAAACACUGAACUCCAAUACAAUCGCCCAGAUCUGGACCACGAGACGCACCGGAACACGCAAUACAACAAAUUCGCCUUACACAAACAGCAGCAACAGCAACAGCAACAGCAGCAACAGUCGGAUUACCGUCGUGACUCGCCCGACAAUGCAGAGCGCUAUAAACCCAGUGCCAUCACAGUCAAGUCACACUCGAACAACACGUACACGGACAAGUCUGGCGGCUACACAAAGACCGUCAAGGAGUCCAGCGAACAUGUGGUCACCGAGAGCAAUGGACAUGGUCCCUUGCCUUCUCCCGGCUAUGGCUACAGUUCGUUGUCGAGAUUUCGGCCCAUAGACGGCAAUGCGACUGGUGCUAGGGCCAUACGAGUGCAGGAUAUACCAAAUGGCUCCAUUGGCCGGCCCGUUGAGUUCGAGAUCGACGGAUCGAAGGCCGGCUCUGGCAACCUGGAGAUUCUGGUCAACGGCGGACGUGUCACCUCCUCGGUGCGCUCGCUGGGCGGACAAAGAUUCAUUGCCAGUUUCACACCGCACGAGCAUGGAACGCACACUGUGCAGAUCACCUUCAAUGGCGAAACGGUUUCAGGUUCACCGUGGCACGCUGAAAUCAUGUCCUCACCCGGCCUAACCGCUCUGGGCGAAUCCACACGCCUUGUGCCCGCCAAUACGCCGGCGGUUUUUGAGAUACUGCCGCCUCCUGGACAAAGCCUGAGCAAGGGCGAGUGCGUGGCAACGGUUUUGACUCCCAACAAGUCAAAGCUGAACGCCAGAGUCACCCAUGAGGCGGCAAAUGGUGCUGCACGCAUCGAGUUCGUCCCCACGGAAGUGGGAACGCACGUCAUCGAUGCGUCCAUCAAUGGCACGAAGAUAGCUGGUGGCCCUCUGAUCGCCAAGGUCUACGACUCCAGUCUGAUCCAAGUGACCGAAGUAAAUGGCGGAGUGGUCGGCCAGCCGUGCCAGUUCCGCGUGGACGCGAGUGCCGCGGGCGAGGGACAGCUGGAGAUAUCCAUCAAUGAGGGUGAAGUCCCCAAUCAUGUCCAGGUGGUGGGCGGCGGUCGCUGCCUGGUCUCUUUCACGCCGGAGCAGGCCAAGUCCCACCUGAUAGACAUAAAGUUCAAUGGCGAAACGGUGCGCGGCUGUCCCUUCGUCUGCGCCGUGGCGGACACCUCUCGCGUCCUGCUCAAUCUCUCCAACCUGGAGCUGAUCCCCGUCAACCGGCCCUCCUCCUUCCACAUAACCGUCAGCGGAGGCGGGGCCGCCGAGCUGGCCGUCAGCGUGCGCGGUCCCCUCGGGGAGUUGCCCGUUCGUGUCACGGGAGAUAUCCAUGCCGGAUUUACGGCCGAAUUUACGCCCACCAGCGUCGGCGGGCACUCGAUAAAUGUGGAGUACAAUGGCUUCGCCGUCCAGGGCACACCCUUCCUGGCCAAGUCGUACGACGCCAGCAAGGUGGUCGUGGGCAGCGUCUCCCGCGGCACAAUGGGUCGACCCGUGCAGUUUACUGUCGAUGCGGGCGAUGCCGGUGAGGGCAACUUGGAGAUAACCAUUUCGGCCAAGGGACAGAACAUUCCCACGCAGGUGCAUCCGCAGGGCAGUGCAAGAUUCUCCGUUUCGUUUGUGCCCACCGAGUCGUGCGAGCAUACGAUUAACGUGUCCUUCAACAAAAUGCCCGUCCCCGGGUGCCCCAUAACGGUCAGCAUCAGCGGGGGCGUGGCCGGGCCCCAAGUGUCGCUCGGCGGACCCGGACCCGUGCAUCAGACCAAUUCUUUUGUAAUCAAUCACAAUGGCGGCCGUUUGGAAGACAUUGAGGUCAAUGUGGAAGGACCUGCUGGCCAGUCAGUUCCUGCCCAGGUACAUCAGUCCGCUGAGGGCGUCUUCAAGGCCGAGUUUGUGCCCCGCGUCGUGGGCGAGCAUCGCGUCAAUGUCACGGUCAAUGGAUUGGCCACCGCCGGUAGUCCCUAUGCAGCGAAGGUCUACGAUGUCAGCGCCAUCAAGGUGAAGAAUGUAAGCAGUGGAACAGUCGGCAAGCCCGUCACCUUUCUGGUGGAGACCUCCCAGGCGGGUCCCGGAAAUUUGGAGGUGACUGUGAAUGGCGGCCGAGUACCGACCUCGGCUCAGGCCCAAGGACAGCACACCUAUGCAAUUAGUUUCACGCCCCGUGAGGCCGAAAGCCACACCGUGGAGCUGCGGUUCAACAGCCAGGAUGUGCCUGGGUCUCCGUUCACCUGCCGCGUGGCCGCCGCAGCUCGCAUCCAAUCCCCAGAGACGAUGGACAAGGUGAGCGUUGGAAGGCUCUUCGAAUUUGUGGUGGAAUCGGACACCAAACCCACCGUUGAAGUGCUGGGACCCGCCCGACGCAGUGUUCCAGUCAAGAUCGACCCCUUGGGCUCCUCCGCCCUGGGCUACAACGUGAAGUUCGAGCCCAUGGAAGUGGGCGAUCAUUCGGUGGAGGUUCGCCUGCCCGGCGGUGGCCAUGUUGAAGGAAGCCCCUUCCUCUUGAAGGCCUAUUCUGCGGAAAAGGUGAUUGUCACGGACAUCCGAGCCGGUGUGGUCAACAAGAGCGUCAGCUUUGGAAUCAAUGCCUCCCAGGCGGGAGCUGGCAAUCUGGAGAUCAUUGUGGCCGUCAAUGGCAAGAAUGUACCCAACUUUGUCCAAUCCGAGGGCAAUGCUCGCUUCAAGGUGAACUUCAAGCCAACGGAGGCGGCUUCCCACUCGCUCUCGGUACGCUUCAAUGGCCAUCCCGUGCCGGGAUCGCCCUUCAGCUGCCACAUUGCAGCUGCGGCCGCUUCGCCAUCUAUGGGACUACCGCGUGCCAUGGCUAUGGGAGAGUGCCUCAAGCAGGCGGCCGUCAAGAUGGACAACACCUUCGAGCUGGAAGGCUUCGAGGGAGUGGAGCCACAGAUCUUUGUCACCUCUCCAUCGGGUGACAACGAACAUUGCCAGAUGAGCCAGCACGAUGGUGGCAGCUACUCCGCCUCCUUCCGGCCCAGCACUGUGGGUCGUCACCUGAUCAGCGUGACCGCGAAUGACCAGCACAUCAACGGUUCGCCCUUCAGCUGCAAUGUCUUCGAUGUUUCGCGUGUCAGCAUUAGCGGACUGGAGCAGCAGUAUGGUCCGGCCACACUGGGAGUACCUGUGACAUUCAGUGUGGAUGCAGCCGGAGCUGGCGAGGGCACCUUGGAGCUGGUAGUCUCCACCGACAGCAGCACAGUCAAGGCCGAGGUGGUGGCCUGUGCCCGAGGCCUGUACGACGUGACAUUUGUGCCACAGAGCACGGAGCCGCACUACGUGAACAUCACCUUCAACGAGGUGGCCGUCGAUGGCAGUCCCUUCCGCGUGGACAUCCAGCAGCACACGCAGCACAUACAGAUUGGCAGCCUGGCCGCCAUUGACUUCCCAGCCGAUGAUCAGAUCGUGGAGAUCAUAUCCCCCGAUCAGAAGUCCGUGCCGUACACAAUCAAUCGACAGACGGCAGAGUUCCGCACCCAUGUGACUGGAAACUACACGCUGCGCUUCAUCGAUCGGGAGACGCGUCAGCACAUUGGAUCGCGCACCCUCUGCGCCUUCGAUCCAAUGCUCGUCAAGAUCACAGAAGUGGGGGAGGCAUUCUGCCAUCGCCCGGCCAGCAUUGGCGUCUCCCUGAACGAGGCCGGUCAAGGGGACCUUUCUGCCCUUGUCCGUUGCGGAGCGACCGAAGUCCCACACACCAUCCGCGGACCCAACAAGGCCGGCGUCUAUGAGAUCGUCUAUCAGCCAACCCGUGUGGCUCCCCACAAGAUCAGCAUCCUCUUCAACGACGUACCAAUCUCGUUAAAGCCCCUGGAAAUCAACGUGCUGCCGGCCAGUGCCGGGAAGGAGAUCAGCGUCAGCGGUUUGGGUCUCUACCAGGCGAGAGUGGGCAAGACCACGUCCUUUGCUAUUGAUACCGUGAAGAGGCCGGCGAGGGAGUUCGAUGUGGUGGUGUCGGGCCCAGGAGGACAGGCGCUGCCCGUCCGCUGCUACCAGACCAAGAACGGACAUCUUCAGGCGGAAUUCAGCAUCAACAAGCCGGGCCAAUGCGUGAUUGAGGUACUUCAUCAAUCAAAGCCGCUGCCAGGCAGUCCCUUCACCUGUGAGUCCUUCGACAGCAGCAAGGUCAGCAUCCAAGGCGUCACCAAGGAAUCACUAGCACUGCACAGCCCCAACAGCUUCACCGUGCGCACGGACAAUGCCGGAACAGCCGAGCUGGAGGCGUUCGCCAUCUCGCCCAGCAACCAGAGCCUGCCCGUGCUCAUUAACGAGCAGUCGGAAGGCCUAUACAACGUGGAGUUUGUGCCCUCCCAGCCAGGAAACUACAAGCUCACGCUGAUGUACGGCGGGGAGACGAUUCCCAGUUCGCCCCUGAACUUUACCGCCUCGGCCAGUGGCAUGAGGAACGAUGCCAGGGCAGCUGGUCAUGGGUUGGAGGUGUGUCAUCGGAACAAGGAGGCUUCGUUUGUGGUCUACUGUCCCAUUGCUCCGAAUGUGCAGAUCGAACGACUGGACGAGUAUGGAGAACGCAUUGAGCCAAAGAUCAAGGCUUUGGGCAAUAACGAGUGGCGCAUCUCCUACGUAAUCCUCUCGGUUGGCAAAUACGAGAUCCGAGCCAGCUGCCCCAAUCGAGGCAGCCUGCCCGGUUCGCCCUGGCACAUCUCCUGCGUGGAGUCCAACAAGGUCACGCCAGUGGGUGGCUGGGGCACGCUGGUUGACCAUGACGGACGGUUGAUUCUACCCGCCCGCAUCAUUUUCGAGGUGGAUAAUGCGGGACCUGGCAAGCUGGUCUGCAGCAUCGAUGGUAUCGAGAUACCCGUGGACCAGAUGUCUGAUGGAAAGAUGUGCCUCAACAUCACUGGAGAGAAUCUGGCUGCGGGGGAGCACGAUCUGGACCUGACCUGGAGCGGACUGACCAUCACCCAAUGUCCGAGAAGCGCCUUUGUCACAGGACAACAAGCUGCGGAUAAGGUUCAGCUGAUGGGCCGUGGUCUGGCAGCGGCACAGGCAGGCGAGGCGGCUCACUUCACUAUCGAUGCCUCGAAUGCGCCGGCUGGCAGGCCAGAGGUAGUCCUAUGCACCAGCCAGGACAACACAUCGCUGGCCGUCAGCCUGGCGCAGCCCCGUCCCAGCGAAAACAUAUGGCUGGCCUCGUACACGCCGCAGAAGUCGACCACGGGCACACUUACUCUAUCCGUUAAGUGGAACGGCCGAUUGGUCAAGGGCUGUCCGCUCACAGUGGCUGUGGGCUCCUCCAUGGAUGCCUCCAAGGUGAUUGCUUCCGGCGAGGGCCUGCGCCACGGUAUUGUAGGCAAGGAUAUCAAGUCGUGGAUUGACACCAGGCGAGCAGGUCCUGGCGAACUAACCGCCCACUGUGCCGGUGUCCGCAAGGUGGCCUACUGCGAGCUCUACGACCACGGAGAUGCCACAUUCACCCUGAACAUCAAGCCGCAGGAACCGGGUCGUCAUCUGCUGACCAUCAAGUAUGGCGGGCAAAAUGUGCCCGGCUCUCCAUUUGCUUUAAAAGUGGCCGGAGCACCAGACGCCAGCAAGGUUCGCGUUUAUGGCCCGGGCAUAGAGCACGGUGUACUGGCCACCUUCCAGUCCCGUUUCAUCUGCGACACACGUGGCGCCGGAGCAGGACAGCUGACAGUUCGCGUACGCGGUCCCAAGGGCGCCUUCCGCGUGGAAAUGCAGCGCGAGAGCCAAAAAGAUCGCACCAUCCUGUGCAAGUACGAUCCAACCGAGCCCGGCGACUAUCGCGUCGAGGUCAAGUGGGCGGGCGAGUUCGUACCGGGAUCGCCCUUCCCCGUCAUGAUCUUCGACACUGAGGAGGAGUUACGAAGGUUCUUGCAGGGCAUAUGAAACCGACUCAAUCACCACGUCAUCGUCUUCCCCAGUGGCCUCAGCCCCCUGCCCCCUGUCCGCAACCAGCCACGACGCCGGGCCUCGACCUGCACUCCCCUCUAGACUCCAGACACCAGACUCCCUUUGUAGUAUAUUUGAAUAAGCUAGCUAACCCACAGAGAUAGAUGGAUGAUGUUAUACUAAACUUACUAGCUAACUUGACGACAGAACGAAGCGAUUAACAAAAUCUCUAGGAUAAUCCCAAGGGAAGGAUACGAUUGUCUUUCGCCCUUUUAUUUUUAUAGAGUUAAUGUGUUGUACAAUGUAAAAAUUGCAAUUAUAUUUGUCUAGAUAUGUAGCGUUGUAUGCAAUACAGAAAGAAGUACACCCUUA